GCUACAGAGGAGGCAGGGCAUAUUUUCAAGGGGAAAAGGGCGUCACUGCCCUUUGCCCCGAGGCAAACAACUUCAAGAAACUUGGAUAGCAUGUAUACAUCUUCCCUGCCAUUAAACAAGUAAAACAGAGCUACAUUCAUAUAACACUAUUAACAAGGCCAUCCUGUGUGUCCGUGCUGGAAUGUGAGCAGGGCUGAUCAAGAUGGGUGGUCUACACCUUCCCCUACUGUAGACCUGAUAAGACGAUCUGAUGGGUUGCUGCUGCUACAUGAAGGUGGUCCAAAAAAAAAAGGACUCAAUUAAUGCUGCUCGAAAAGGAAGAGACGCUCCCAGGGCACCUUCUUCACCAUCGGAGAUCCUCAUCACGGCUGCGUUGUGCCAGGUGGGCGCACUCCCUGCAGUCACCAUUUCCACCCCGGAGAGUUCCACGCUGGCAGCGCAGCCCCUUCCCCGGCUGAGCAUCGGGCGGAAGACCCUGGUGGCAGCUGCUGUGGGGGUCAUGCUGGUCCUGGUUUUGGUGGUCCUCAUCCCUGUGCUGGUCAGCUCCGUUGGCUCAGGUGGCAUAGAUGACAGCGGAAGCCACUAUGAGAUGCUGGGUACCUGCCGCAUGGUUUGUGACCCCUUCCCCAGCACGGGCACAACGGGCACAGGUGUGCACGCGGGCACAGAUACAGCAACCACAGGCCUGCAGGUGGACAACGAGGCAGAUCUGAGUGAUCACAGCAUCGGCCCACCGCUGCCUACUUACAGUGCUCAUGGCCCGCAAGGGAAACCAGGACGUCCGGGCAAGCCUGGACCCCCAGGACCCCCUGGAGAGCCAGGUCCACCAGGACCUAAGGGACCACCAGGAGAUGGUGUGGACAUAGUACGGACUGGGAUACUAGGUUUAGGGGGUAAGGGGGCAGUUAGCACCACCACCUACAACACCACGCCUCGGGUGGCAUUUUACGCAGGACUACGAAACCCUCAAGAAGGUUACGACAUUCUGCGCUUUGAUGACGUGGUGACUAACAUUGGUGGUAACUAUGAGGGCGCAACGGGCAAGUUCACCUGUAAGAUCCCUGGCACCUACUUUUUCAUCUACAAUGUGCUGAUGAGGGGAGGAGAUGGCACCAGCAUGUGGGCUGACCUGAUCAAGAAUGGUCUGGUCAGGGCCAGCGCCAUUGCCCAAGACCAGGACCAGAGUUAUGAUUACGCCAGCAACAGUGUCAUCCUUCAUUUGGAUGCAGGUGAUGAGGUUUUCAUAAAACUGGAUGGGGGCAAGGCUCACGGGGGCAACAGCAACAAAUAUAGCACCUUCUCAGGGUUCAUCCUCUAUGCCGACUGAAGACUGGACAGGACGUGGGCUCAACGGUGAAAGGUCACAGCCAGAAGACAUUCACUUCCUGACUUUCACUAGUGAGGUUAAUGUUGCUCAUAGCCACUGAUCCACAGUCAGAUGGUUUUGACACACCACCGUUGUUUAAGGUCGGCAUGAAUACAGUGAUUAAGGCUGUGGAUCUGUGGUUAUGGUAACUAUCGGUAACCUCCUCAUCCAUACGUUCCAUUGUAUUCAGGGUGCCUAUGCCGCUAUUCUGACGGACACGAGCCACGUAACAAUGACACUCACUGCCGUGUGUCAUGCCGAGGUGCAGUGACAAUUCUGACAGUGCAGAUGCCUCACCAUCAUUUUUGAGCUGUCAUUUCAAAUUCAAGUCUGGAAAUCCAACAGUUGUGGCGACUGCAGUGUUUGUUAACGUGCUGUUUAGAUUUAUGUUCAGAUUAUGUUUUCUCAUCCUAUAUGAUAAGAUGUUGUCUUUCCAUGACUGAGGAGAUAUAUUUUGUCACAAGAAAUUUGUCAAAUAUUUGACGCCAGAAAUUAGAUUAUGACUGAACGGCAGAUAUUCUCCCAAAAUGUAUUGUGUCUCAGUGUGAUCAUUUGGGAAAUCUUGUCAUAUUAUUCCAUUAUACUGUAUUUGGCAUAUUGUUAGUGUAUAAACUGUAAAUUUGAUAUUGAAUCUUGUCUGAACACAGUCAAAGUAGUGUCAGCACUGCACAUACAUCCUAUUGUGUGUCUAUUAAAAAAUAUAUCUGUGAGAUAGUUGUACAAUUAUAUCAUGUAAUGGUUAGUGUGCUCAUUUGUAAACAUUUAUUUAUUUUAUUCAUGCAUGCAACACCUGUUAAAAUCAACAAGCCCUCCAAAUGUAUGUUUCCAAAAAUGAGAGCUGAUAAAGAAAAAUAUAGUGAUUUUAAACAAAAAUUGUUAUUGUGGGCUUA